CACAGCUCCUUCAUAUUUGAGGGAUGAUUGAAGGAACAUAAUAGGUCGAUGGAUGCAGGCCUGCCACUGCAGGACUGGUGACGUCACCCCUGUAAACUAAGGAGAUAGACUGACACCUAGUGGUGAAGUUCUGGAAUAACGCACACACACACACAGACAUACAUAAAACGCAUGAAGAAGAAGAAGAAGAAACAUUGAACAUAGAGGUCCCAGUUCUCUCGUGAGAUUCCCUCUUAUCUGUGUGGAUGUAAUCAUCUUUAUUAUUAUUAUUAUCUGGUUGGUGUUGUGUUCACUGGCCGUCGUAAACGUCGGUGAUUCUGUGUGUGGAAUGUGGGUCAGACGUCACCUGCUCGUCUGUUGACCUUUGACCUUUACAAACACCUCCAUCCUUAUCAGAGGCUUCUGAUGGAAAACAAACAUUACGUCACAUUAUGGAUAUCUGAUCCCCCCCUGAAGAGGGCGGGGCUAUAGGGUAUAUAUAUGUAUAUACAGGACUGUCUCAGAAAAUUAGAAUAUUGUGAUAAAGUUCUUUAUUUUCUGUAAUGCAAUUAAAAAAACAAAAAUGUCAUGCAUUCUGGAUUCAUUACAAAUCAACUGAAAUAUUGCAAGCCUUUUAUUCUUUUAAUAUUGCUGAUUAUGGCUUACAGCUUAAGAAAACUCUAAAAUCCUAUCUCAUAAAAUUUGAAUAUUUCCUCAGACCAAGUAAAAAAAAAGAUUUAUAACAGCAAAACAAAAUCAAACAUUUGAAAAUGUGUUUCCAGGUGUUUCGAGUUAAUUAGACGAUUCAAGUGAUUUGUUUAAUACCCUACUAGUAUACUUUUUCAUGAUAUUCUAAUAUUUAAUUAGAAUCCACCUGAAGCUCCAAGUCUUCAACUAACACAACACGACUCUGGAGUCGGACUCUGAGCUGGACUGUGACUCUUUUUGUUUAGGAGGAUCGGAGCCCGCAGCCGGACUCUGGGUUUGAUCCAGUCUGAGGAUGGACCAGGUCCAGGAGCCUCUCCAGACUUCAGGGCCAAGAGAGAACUCGGGCAGGCGGGAUGGCUCUGGACCCGAGACCCGGUCCGGACCCCCCCGGCCCCCACCGCGGGCCGACAUGGAGUUCCGCAUCAAGGAGCUUCACAACAGGCACUUCCUCUUGCUGAAGAUGCAGCGCUUCAGGAAGAAGGUCGAGGAGAACGGCACCGCGGAGGGAAUGACCUGCGAGGACCAGCGGUGUGAGCUGGAGGCCAUCCAGGAGGAGCUGGAGGAGCUGCUGCGGAGGAAGGAGGAGAUGGAGGCGCAGAGACGUCACUUCAAACUCGGAGCAAACAAAGGUCCUCAAAGCCCCCGUCCCACCGCUUAUAAGACGGAGGCCCCCUGUGGAGGCGUCUACAUGCUGCCCCCCCCUCAGCUGGAGGAGCAGGACUUCACCCCGGAGGAGAGAGGGAGGAGGAAGAGGAAGAGGAAGAGGAGGCCCGGAGCAGAGACACCACCGGGGGCAGUCACUCCAGUGGACUUCCUCGGUGCCGCCCCGGCCCUCACCAAGUGUCCGUUCUGUGGGGAGCUCGUGGUCACAGAGGUCCACAGCAGAGUGGGCGGGGCCACGUGGACCGUCGCCUUCUUGUGCGCCUUGGCGGGGUUCGUCUGUCUAUUCGUUUCAAUGAAGACUCUCGAUGUGGUGGAGGAGUUCACCGACUCCUUUCCUCCCUUCCUUCCCUUCCCUCCUCAGGUGCGUCGCAGGCUGCUGUCUGAUCCCGUUCUGCACGAGGCGUCUGAAUAACGCCGACCACCGGUGUUCCCAGUGCCGAGCCGUCAUACACACCCACCGCCCGUUCUGAGGGAGGCUCCUCCCCCCCGGCAGGUGUGACCACUUCCUGUCAACAACGGCUCGACCUCUGUGCCCUCUGUGACCUCUGUGCCCCCGCUCCUCGGCGUCGAGGCGAUGUAUCCGGCCCGUUAUCUCAAGAGGGAAAUGGAACAAAUGCAAAUCCGUCCUGUGAACUGACAAAGAGAGAUUUACAUACACGGCGGCUACGCUAUUAAAAUGUCGUGGCUGCUGUAAAUAUUUCUGGAUAAAGAAAUGAGGCGUC